AAAAAAAAAUAAAAAAACUCGCUGCCUAUUACAAUUUACAAUACUGUGAAGAGGGUGUGUGGGUAUUCUUCUCCAGUGGCAGUGAUUUCUCCUCCGAGUCCGACCGCCGCUAAUUUCACUCUCUCUACUCUUCAAAACCCCACUUCUCUUCCUCCAAUUCUGUUCCCUGCAGAACAUACAAGGUACACUCUUGAAUCUUCCACAACGACGACGUUUAGCUGCCGGUAUCUUGCGGCGUCGUUUGGUGUUGUUCGGACCUCAAAGUCUCUGGGUGUGUUUUGGAAUCGCUGCCAAGUUCAGCGCUAGAAAUUGUUGGUUUUUGGAUUUGGGUUUGAUUGAGGCUGUAUCAACUGCUCAUGGACUACGAGCCCUACGAUAGCAGCGGAACUGAUGACGAUUUUCCUCCAUCACGCCAACAUAGAGUUCCCAGAGGGGGUCGCGUUACAGGGAAUGGAAGAUCUGGUGGGGGUUCUGUCCCAUAUCCUAGGAUGUAUGGUGAAACUGACAUGGAAGCACAAAUUCACCAGCUUGAACGAGAAGCAUACAGUUCAGUUCUAAGAGCCUUUAAAGCUCAAGCUGAUGCCAUUACUUGGGAAAAGGAAGGUCUGUUAACAAACCUUAGAAAGGAGUUGAGGUUAUCAAAUGAGGAGCACAAAGAACUUCUAGGACGGGUUAAUGCAGCAGAUGAUGUCAUAGAGAGGAUAAGGGACUGGAGACAGGCUGGUGGGGUUCAAUCGGGCAUGUUGAGUACUGUUCAAGCAGUGCAUGAUCCAAUACCUAGUCCUACUGUCUCUGUAUCACGCAAGAAACAGAAGAUGACCCAAUCAGUACAUACGCAGUCCUUUGCUGGGCCAACACCACCAUUUCAUCCACAGGCAGUUACCACAUCCCACCAGCCAUCUUCAUCUACUGUAAAACGAGGAUCUGUCCCAGCCCCAGCCUCAGGAGCUAAGGGCAAGAAACAUAAACCUGGUCAAAUUUUGCCCGGUGCUUCUUCAAUGAAGCAGUACCCUUCCUCGGGUCCAACAGGAAGGGGUCAAGUUUCGCAUAGAGUUUCAAUUGGUGACGUUGUAAAUGAACCUGCUGAAGGAAAGACAAAUGAUUCCUUGAUUGGGAGGAAAGUAAGGACUAGGUGGCCCGACGACAACACCUUUUAUGAAGCCAUUAUAAAAGACUACAAUCAAGCAGAGGGACGGCAUCAUCUAGUCUACGAUAUUAAUUCGGCAAAUGAAACAUGGGAGUGGGUUAAUUUAUCAGAGAUAUCUCCAGAGGAUAUUCAAUGGGUAGGUGAAGAUCCUGGAAUCUCUCAUCGUGGGGGUUAUAGUGGAUCUGGUCAUGGGAUGAAUAGAUCUGUAGGCCGUGACAAUGUUCCAGUUCCUGGAAGAGGUAGAGGGACCCCAAAGGGUCAAACAAGAAAAGAUUUUCCGCCAUCACAAAAUGGCAUUGGAAAGAAGGCACCGGACAAUAUCCAGUUACUUCACACAGAUACUUUAAUUAAGGAGGUAGAAAGGGUCUUUGGUGAAAACCAUCCAGACUCUGUUGAAAUUGAGAAAGCAAAGAAAGUGUUGAAAGAUCAUGAACAAGCACUUAUUGAUGCAAUUGCAAAGCUUGCUGAUAUUUCUGAUGGUGAAAGCGGACCUUUGCCUUUAAACAGCUGAUGGUAGCCAACACACUUGUCACACGGGCAACCAAUGGAAUUGAGAAGGAUAGAUGGCUGGUUUUAAAAUCUGAAGCAGUCAGCAGUCAAAAGCGCAUGAAAGACUGGAAUAAUAAGAAGGAAAUGAGGGUGCGGAAGUGAAACAGAAAUGGCUUGAAGUGAAGGCCUCCUUUUUGUACAAUGUUAUAUCUUUUUAUUAUAUAACUCGACACCCCAACAUGUUAAAACUCUGGGGCUUGGGCCUUGCCACGAUAGGUGUUAAGAGUUACUGCAGUCGGGCAAUAAUUCGUUAUAAAUAGUGGGCCGGCAUUGUUAACCUAGGAAAGAGCUGAUGCCUUUUGUAACAUUGUUUCUAGUGUUGGUGUGCUGUCUUGUGUAAAUUAUUUUUACUGCCAUUGCAUACAUAUGAGAUCAUGUACUCUCUCACUCUCUAUCGGUUCCGGUUCCGGUUCCAGUUCAA